AGAUUUCGAUACGACGAAUGUAGUAUUUGCUUUGACAAAUUCGAAGAAAACUGCUUCGUAUACCAACUGAAAUGCUCUCACUUAUUCCAUUUGUCGUGCUUAUGUGAGUGGCUUAUGCAAAAGACUUCAUGUCCUCUGUGCCGCAGUCAAACCGAGUCUAUUUGGAGAUUCAGGCGCCUAUUUCAGGUGGAUAAUAAUGGAAAUUUUGUUUGUUCCGCGACAAUUGAAGCAAUCUAUGUUUGA